AUGGAUUAGGAAUAUGACUUAUAAUUAUAAGUAACUAGAAGCAAAAUCAACCAAAAAAGUUAAGUACCUAGGUUUGCUUUUUAGAAUAAUCAACAAAAUUUUGAUGAGUCCUUAAAAUAUUUGUCAUUACAAUAGACUAGAAUUACUUAAUUACCAGAGGGAAUGUAAAAACUAAAAAAAUUGAUAUCAUUGAAUCUGAAUGACAAUUAUAUUAAACUAUUAGAUUACAAUAUAUUGGAUGGAUUAAAGAAUUUAGAAAUAUUGUUCAUCAGAAAUAAUCUAUUAUAAGAAUUCUAAUUUGGAAGAUUCAAGCAUUUAUAAUAACUAGAUAUUUCACAAAAUCAUAUUAAGAAGAUAUCUAAUGAAAUAGGGGAUUUAUUGUAACUUGAUCAAUUAUUCAUUUCACAUAACAGCUAUAUGGAAAUCCCAAGGAGUAUUACAAAAUUAAAAUGUAUUAAAGUAAUUAAAGUAGAUACUUUAAAUGUGUUCUAAUUAGAUUGGUUUAAGUAUGGAGAUCCAGGAGUUCAGGAGUUAUUUCAAUCUUAAGAUUUAAUAUAUUAGUUGUUGCAUACAAUUGAGUUAUGUUGUACAGGUGAAACUAUAUCUGCAAAGCAAUUAUUAAGCUCAAUUGCAUAUAAAUAAUUUGCUUUAAAAUACCAGGACAAAGACAUUUAGAUUUAAUAUAAAAUACAUUAGACAAUUUUAGAUGAAGAUAUUGGUAUGCUGAGAACAUUAUUGUCAGAACCUAAGAAAUUCUAAAUUGAUGAAAUUAAUUAGGAUGAUUACUCUCCUUUAGGAUUGUCAAUUUGGGAAGAGAAAUAUUUAGCAGCAAGAUACUUAUUAUAUGCAAAUGCUGACCCUAAUAAAGGAGCGUAUGUUUAUAAUUAAUAUAUAGUUCAUGGGCUAGGAGUUGUUUGAAUAUUGCAGUAUCAAAAUUAUAAUAUUAUUUAGUGUUUGAUUUAAUCAAGCGUAAUGUAGGAUUGCAUGAAUUGGAUAUUUAUGGUAAUAAUAGUAUUCAUUACUUAUUUUGUGUUUAUUAAAUGAAUGAAGUAGAAGCUCAAAAGAUUAUGUAAUUACUAUUAAAAAAUGGAGUGAAUGGUAAUCAUAUCAAUAAUAAUGGUUAAACUCCUAUUCAUUUAGCUGUAUCGAAAGGAUAUAUCCAAGUGAUUGAAUACAUCUAUAAACAAAAAGAAUAUAAAUUCAAUUUUAGAUAGAAAACAUAAAGAUAAAAAUAAAAUUGUUUACAUUUGGCAGUUCUUACAAGAUAAAUUUAUAUUGUAAAAUUUUUCAUUUACAAAUUUCCUGAAUUCAUAUUUUAGAAAGAUUAUCAUGAUUUAAUUCCAAUAGAUUAUUUAAAGAAUGAUCUAACUAUCUAUAAAUAUUUAAAGGGCUUUUAAAAAGUAGAGAUUUAGCAUAUUUUAACAAAAAAUGAAAUAUUUUAUUAAUCAUAAUUAUCAGAUGAAUGUGAUGACAUUUUGUCUAUAAAAGUAUAGAGCUUGGCUUAGUUAGAUAAUUUGGGAUUAGAAAAUAAGAUUUAGACAACAAGAAUUAAUGAAAUUACAAGAUAAAUUCCAUUAUCUCCUAAUAAUUUAAAAAGAUUAGAAGAGAAAAAUACUCUAAUGAAUCCAAAAGACUCUUAGAGAAUCUAAUGUUAGAUAUAUAAAGGGAUUAAAAAGAUUGCCUAUGAAUUUGAUAGAUUACAAUAUAACAAUAUUGAGAAUUUACUUAAUUAAGAUCAAUUUCAAGAAUAGGUUGAUGAUCUAAUUCAAAUAAAGAAGCUAUUAUAUUAAUUAAAUUGUAUCAAGAAUAUUAUUGAUUCUAAUGAUAUCUAUAGUAAAUAAUGGCAUUUCUAAUUAAAGAGUUUGAAAUAUCAAAUUAAUAAACAUGUAUAUAGUGAAAGAAAUCUUGAGGAUCAAAAGAAAGUUUCAAAUCAGCUCUUGUAAAUAUUUUUAGAAAUUAUUAAGAAGGUUGAAUAGUUAUAUAAUAAAAAAGAGAAAAUAGACAGUUAAUUAUAGGAUUUCAUAAUAACCUAAUUCCUGUCAAUUCAUUCUGGAUUCGGAUUGGGUAAAUUAGUAGUGUUUUUAGAAUAGAUUCUUAAGGAAUCAAAUUCAGAUGUGAAUCACUUGGAGCUACUCUUUAUUAAACUUUAAUUAAAAAGUCUAUCGGUAAAAUAUAAUAUUUUCAAUCAAAAAUAAUUAAUGAAUAUAUUUACUAUUUGAUUUAUAUGUAUUUAAAUUGGAUUUGCAUUUUAUAUAUAUAUAAAAAUAACUAUACUAAAAUGUUGAUUUUUCUAACUCUCUCUAUUGCAAACUCGAUUUAAUUAUAUGAAAUACUUAUAGGAUACCCUCAAAUCAUAGAAUAUUAUUAAACAGCAGGGAUUAUCAUAGAACAAAAUCUCACAUCAACAUCCGAAAUAAAUUUAACUCCUUCUCCUUGUUAGGUUGUACCAUAGUAACUAAUCAAUCAGAAUUUGUUAUAGUAAUCAUUACCUAUCAUACCUUAAUAUUUGGUAGAGCAAUUUUCUUAAUUUUUUAAUGAUGGACAUUUUUUAGGAUUAAUACCUCAUAUAAUUUCUUUUGUCAAUAUUGAUAAUGAUGUAGUCAUUUUAACGAAUUUAGCAGAACUUAUAUACAUUCGAUUCCUAAAUGAAACCUUUAUUGUAUCAGACAAAAUUAAUCUCAACAUAAAUUUAACCAUCCUCCAAAAUCCUGUAUUUAUGGAGACUAUUAAUAAUUAAUUAAUUAUAAUCAUGUAUUCGGAAACAGUAGGCAUUACAUUAAAUGUAAAGGCUGAAAAGAUAUUUUCGAAAUCUUUUAGAAUUUAUGAAUCUUUCAAUACUAAUAAAAUUAUGAGUAAAGCUGUUGUUAAUAAUAUGUUAUUUAUUGCAAUGGGUGUAGGAGGCUUAAAAAUAUUUUAAUUAAAUGGAUAAAUUUUAAGUUCAAUAGAUUUUGAGUAUUAAAUUAAUAAUGCAACUGAUCUCAAAGUAUUUCAUUAAUUUGAUGUAUACUUUAUCUAUUUACUUGAUUAUGAUUUAGGAGUCACACCAUUCAUAUAUAAUCCAAAAUCUACAUUAAUUUAUAAGAAUGAGCGACUUGGUAUUAUACCAUUUUCUGGAGAUAUUAUUGAUAUAUAUAAUAAUAUAAUGAUGAUUGCUAGUUAUUAAGAUUAAUAAACAAUAAUUUAAGAAAUUUAAUUAAAUUAUACUGAUUUUAGUUGGAAAUAGAUAAAUAAACAUAUAAUUAAUUCACUCAUUGUUGAUAUAGAUAUUUUAGAUCAUAUUGCUAUUACUUUAGGUCAAAAUGGAAAUACAGUCAUAUUUCAUUCAAUUCCAUCAACAUUUCAAAUAAAAUAAUAGCAUUUUAUAAUGCCUUCAUUACUUAAAUUGAAUUAUAUAAAAUCUCAAGGAUCUUUGUAUCUGUUGGGUGUUAGUCUUCAUAAUUUCUACUUUUCCAAAUUAGAGUUGAAGUAGAGUUACUUGUAUUGUUACUUUGAACAUGAAUAAUAGAUUAAAUUAAAUUAUUCACACAUUUCUGAAUGUAAGAAAUAAGAGAAUGGGAUAUGCACUUAUAAUUAAGAAUAUAUUAUCUAAUCAAUCAAACCUAUAAUCACAACAGAAUAAAAUUUUUUAAUUUAUUUAACUUUAUUCUUUGUUGCAUUAGUAUUUAUUAUAAUGGUUGUUUUACUCAUCAAAGAAUUCAAGAAGUAUAAUUAAUUUGUUCACAACCUAGAUUUGAAUGGUCAAAAAUAAAAUGAAAUUACAAUAUAAACUUUUGAAAGUCCAACUAAAAUUAUUAAAUUUAAUUAGACUGGGACACAUACCUCAUAGUUUUCUAUAAUCAGUAAUAUAUCUAGAGUAUAGUAAGUUUGAU